AUGUCACAGCCUCCAAAGCCUUUAAAAGUGUCCUACGGAAAUAAAGAUGAUAGGUUUCGGAUGUCGGAACCUACGCAUAAAGUUCCGAUAACGGCGAUGUUUUUAUGCCAGUUUGAUGUGAAAAAGGGUAAUUGUCUUGUUUGGUCUCAAACGUGCGCUGGAGUGUCAGAUGAAGUGUUGUUCAACAUCGAAUUCAAAUGUCUUCCAUCAGGUAUUCAUGAGCUAGAUCAAGAUGUAGUUCAUUUCGUUGUCCCGAAAAAAGAAGGCGGGAAAUCUGGGUUUUAUUACGGAGUAUCAUCUUAUCAACAAAAUGGACUCUUUUUAGCAGGUGAUAGCUCGCAUGUGGAUAGGUCUCAGGUUGAAAUGUUUUCGCUAGGUGUUAUUGUCGAUCCGGCCUUCCGGAACGUCGGAGUGUCAAGAAGCAAAUUUUACGACUGGAAACCUAAUCAGCUCGUCAGUGCAAGCGAGUAUAUCGACGAUCUACAAAGGCUUUUAUCUCACUGGCGAAAGAGCAAUAAGAACGGCGAUUUCGAAGUUUUUGAAGAGUUUUUCGACUCGAACUGUUUGAAAGAUGAUCUGAAGGGGCUAUCGUCGCCAGUAUUGCAGCGUAAAUGGCAGAAUGCCGGAAAAUUUAUAAGUGACGAUUCAGAACCAGAAAGGCACCCUCACAUGCUCGAAAAUCUGACUCGAUGGGUCUCGUACUUAGGUCCGUUGAUAUAUCCGUUAUGGAAGGCCAGUUUAAUGCGAGAAAGAAUACUGAUCGUGGGUGGUAGCGGGGUUUCAUUUGAUAAAUGCGACGCACUAACGUACUGUUUGUCUAUACUGUCACUAAUUCCUCGGUCAUUGGAGGACAAGCUUAUAGUGGAUCCGCUACAGCCUCUUUUCUCCAUUGGAAUAACAGAUACCGAUUUUCUGACUGAAUUGGUAUCGCAAGCUCUCAAUAGUGACAAUGAGGACUACCAGAUCCCAGGAUUCUUAGCUUGCACUACUGAUGAAAUUCUGGAGUUCAAACCUGAACUCUACGAUAUUCUUUUCAAAGUAAAUGAUCAACAAGGUAUACCGGAAAUCAGGAAAGCAGAUAGUUCGCAAGUUAAAGCAACACCUCACGAGCUAGAGGCAUAUCAAUAUUUAAUGCAGACGAAAAUGGGGUACUCGCUUUCUGCAGAAGAACUUCAAAAAAUAAAUAAACUGGUUGAACCAACAAGCUGGUCUCAAUACCUGAUUGAUGGGUUUUACUGGUGGGCCACUGCCGGUUACAUGAAACCUUCAUACCAUGAAAAUGAAGACAAACCUCUUGAGAGUGCUGAUAGCGAAAACAUAGAAGUGGUAGUGGCCCUGGUUGGAUACUUUCAUGAAAAGACUUGCCUCAUCUUCCAGAAAUUAAGACAAGUUAUCGAAAACAGCGAUGAUCCAAGCCACGUAAUUAUUCCUGCUGCUUUCUUAGGCGAAGUAGGUCUUGAUUGUUUCAGUGUCCAAGAUUACGAAUUCAUAGAGAAAUUGGCAAGGAAAUGGUUCCAAGUUGAAGUGCAAGUUUCGCAAGUCGAUAUGAGACUUCUAUGUUAA